CUGAUGGGUUUCGCAGCGACGUCGUUCAAUCGAAGAUGCACCUAAAUGGCAUCGAAAAUUUUAAUAUCCGCCUUUCUUGCAUUCGUGUUCGUGGUGGGAUUAUUCUAUGCGACAAUCAUUUACCAGACGGAAAAUUAUCAAGAUGCCAAAAUAUUAAUUGACAAACUGAUAUCCCGGACACCAUACAAAUUCAACAUCUCGGAUUUCCACUCAAGUCUGCCGUCGGUGGCGACCAAAUACCCUGGAGGAUUUUUGAAAAGUCCCGAAGUCAACUGCUCGGACACUGAACUGUUGAUUCUCGUGUUAUCGGCGCCGCAGAAUUACGAACGACGAAGGGCGAUCAGAGAAAACUGGGCCAAAGAUUUGAACAACCGGACCUCGUUGUUUUUCGUGCUCGGUGGCGUCGGACUGAAGGAUCGCGAUCUCUUGAAAUUGGAGGCCGAGCGUGAUCUGAUUUUGGCAAACUUCACCGAUUCGUACCGAAAUCUGACUUUGAAAAGUGUUGCCCUGCUGGACUGGGCGGACCAGAACUGUGACUGCGACUUUUUGCUCAAGUGCGACGACGACAUGUACAUAAAUUAUCCGAAAUUGCGGCACAAGUUAUUCGAGGAAAACGAGACUUUCGGCGAAAAAACCGUGAUCGGGCGUUUUGCCUCUAAUUGGAAACCAGUGAGGGACGAAAAAUCAAAGUAUUAUCUUUCGCGAGAGGAAUUUCCGCCCAAAAUUUUGCCAGAUUUCACUUCUGGUCCGGCCUACGUCCUGAAGGGCAGCUUCGUGGAGCCACUGCUGGCCGCCGUUCUGGCCGAACACUGGCUCAGCUUGGAAGACGUUCUGAUCACAGGGAUCGUGGCCAAUUACCGGUUAGGCGCCACCCUCCUCGGCUGGCCGACGUUCAACAACGAGCGAAUGUCAAUGACGGCCUGCCACGCACAACAAUUCAUUUCAAUACACGACGUCAGGCCCAAAGAACAAAGCUUGCUUUACGCGCGCAGCAAACAAACAAUCAAAGGUCCUUGUAAAAAAGUUCCAUAAAAAUACAGAAAUUUUGGCCAAGUCUUUCUUUCAUUUGGAAAACCAAUGCUUCAGCAAAAACAAAUACUGACAAGGCGCUCAUAGUUAUUUCGCGGUUACAUGCUUGUGUAAUUGCAGCGUUUAAUAGUAAGUUAUAAAAAUUAAAAUUUGGUGCGCAAUGAUUUAUAAAAUACUUCAAGAAAUAAAUGGGAAUUGCUAAAAAAUGUAUUAAUAUUUUUCGGGGAAAAUAUGUGAGCUAAAAAUGUUGUCGAACUAUGAAAAGCAAAUUAUUGGCUAAUUGUUGAAGAAUCAGGUGGCCUGGUGUAUGUAGCCUCCCUGUUGGUAUGCAGACUGCUGGUAUCCUGCCGUUGUAUUUUGCGCUGCCAGGGUUCCGAAAGGUGGCAACUGUUGGUAUAUACGGCUGGUCCAGGGGGACCUUCGUAGCCUCCUGCGCUGUUCAUCUGGUGCUGAUUGAAGCUCGGCUGGGCGAAGCUUGUCUGAGCAAAAUUGUUAAAGGGUUGCUUGGAUGGCGCAAUUUUUUGGCCCAUUUGUGGAUGGUUCCAGGCUGGCGGCCCCUCGUCUUGCAGAGGUUGUCCAAAGCCGAUCCCUUGGUUCGCUCCAGGCGGACUGUUGGUCCAAAGCAGCAGCAUAGGCCGGUGGCCCGUGAAGAGCAUCGGUGCCGGGCGACGUCUCAAAUUCACGCGUCAGCUUGAUCGACAAAUCAGUUGGAGCUUCGGCCUCUUCUAAGUCGUCGUCGUCCGAAAAACUAAACUGAAAAUGGAAAUAUUAAUAAUACUGGAAUGUAAUAAAUUGGUUAAUUGUGUGAUUUGACUUAAGAUGUAUGUUGUAAGGGCUUAGGGCCCGGGGAUGCGGGCAUAGCCCUUAGUAAUAUUAAAACGAGAUGUUUAAUUCUUACCUUGCGGCUUUAUUGUCCGGUGGUGCGGCCAGAUUCCGUCUGACCAUCCGGAAACGAACAUUACAAAGCAUCAGCUCGUGUUUAUUGCUGACGCGUAUAAACAAUACUACAGAUUACAAAAACGGGUCACCAAGAUUUAAAGUAGUCACAAAAUGCUGUCAGGGUCAAAGAGACCCUGACAAUGUUUAUUAGUCCGCGAAGUUAUGGAAACAAAGAAAUGAAUUAUGAAGGCAUUUUAUAAUUCUGAGAGGGAAGGAAAAAAAGCAGAGUCUCAACUGUGGCAGUCGGAACACUUUCACCAUGCUAAGGUGUUGCAAUUAAUUAGCGCAUGCGUAUCAAUUGGCGUGGGAGUGAAUUAAUUAAUUAAUAGGUGCGCGAACCCUGACAGUGUAUUUGGGGUCCAGAGAAACCAACGACUUAAAAACUGAAGUAGAUUCGUAUUUUUGUCGUAAUAUUUUGGUUCUCUAAAGGACCCAUUAUCAAUAUUUUUAUCCCGUUCCAAUUAAAAAAAACUUUUAUUCUAAAACCUUUUGCUAAGAUAAUAAAACUCUGACUGUUUUUUCGCCCUAUCAAAUUAAACUAUCGUUUAUACCUGCUGAUUAUUGUUACAUUUGUAUAAAAGCUGCCAAAAAGGUUUUAUAAAUUGAAGAGAUCUGAAAAGAUUUGAAAGGCUUUGUUGUUAGCGUUGUUUGACAAGUCGAGAAAGAAAGAGAUUUUAAUUGUAUUGAAAAAGCAGUUGGUCAUUAAUGAAUGAAACUGCCGCGAUCUUGCAAGUUAAAAUAUGCUGCUACUUCAUUACCAAAAUCAUCUUUGGCAUGUAGUUCUGUUUUUUAAUAUCAUUAUUGUUUUUUAAGAUGUUAUUUUGUUAAACAUUUGUCAGGGUUUGGCCCUGACUGUGUUUUACCACUGGGGAUAUACGCAAAUAACAAAUGACAGGCGUAAUGGUUAAUGGCCGUAGCCCUCGUUAUUAUUAAGUCUAAACAUUUCACAAUACCUUGCGAAAGGUCACUCUGAAUAGACGGCCGUCCACCUGGCUUGGUCCGUCGGAGACGAGUGAUUCCGCAACCACUCGUUCCAUGCUAAAUGCUCAUUAUUGUUUACGCGUGCGCGCCCGGUGUGUGGGAGUGAUUACAAGUUAAACUUAAUGGGGCGCACACUUAACUAUAAAUCCUGACACAUUAGUGAGUGUGCAAAAAUAAAAAUAUGUAAUUUGAAAAAAAAAUCGAUUUUAAUUUUAAUGUCAUUAAAAUCAGUGAAAGAGAGUAACCGUGAAAUGAGGGGUGUCCCAAAAGUAUCACUUAUUUUGAUAUCCUACGGGGAUAUCAAAGUCAUGGGCAUUAUCAUAUUGUACGGAUAUCCCCAGGACAUACUAUCCGGAUAUCAAAGUGUCUCGCAAGGAUGACAUUUUGAUAUAAAAUUGAUAUCAAAUUUCUCGCAGGGAAGGUGAAAGUUUAGAGUGAUUAAGUGAUUUGCGCUGAAUGCUGUUGAGAGAUGUAGAAUUACGGGCUGUUCGCAAACAACUCUCGUAUUUAUGCGCCGAUUUCGACUCUAGGAACUCAAUGAGAGUGUCAGGGUUAAGCCCAUUAACCACUCAUUCAAAUCCUGACAUCUCCCCCUCUCAAAUUUAGGACAAAAACAAAAACAAAUAAAAAAUUUAAAGUAAUUUUCAGCACUUGUUAAAAUUGAAAAAUGUUGCCUUGCUCGAAUAAAUAAGUUAUUUAAUACUUGUAAAUGAAUAUUUUCCUCUUACUGAAUUAUGAUUAAGGAGUUGAUUUUAUGCAUUUAAUUGUUAUUAUGAAUCUACGAAUCGCCGUAAUGGAAUUUUCCGCAAUGUUAUGAAUUUAGGAUUAUUUGUUCGAAAGAUCUUAAUUGUUUUAACCGAUCAAUUGGGGUGAGGUACCCACCCCCUCCCCCCGGCUUAUUUGGGGAAUGGAAAAUUUUAGUGUUAUUUUGUCUGGAACUAAAUGUGUAAAUAGUGUUGUAGAAGAAAGUUUUUUCUUUUUAUAAAAAAAAAGUUUUUGAUAUUCGGCCGAACUGGCGGACCCUCGUAAUUGUGCCAAGGGGAGCCAAGUCGUGGGCGGUGGUCAGCCGCGCUCGUUUACGAGCCCUUGCACAAAGCGAGAGGACCUCAGUCCAAAACGAACAUAUGGAUCGAAAUGGGUUUGGGGUGUGUUUGCCGGGAUGGAAAAAGGGGUUGGAGCCCGCACCAAAACCGAAACAUAUAAGUAGCGGAAAUUAAUGAAAUUCGAGAGAAUGGGGAAUACGAAAAAUUUCCAUUGACGUUAAGUAAGAGGUGCGCGACAGGGUGUCCAGCCCUGAGGACAAAUUAAUUUAAAAAAAAAAUUAAAGAAACAAAUAAAUAAAAUAUAAGGAAUGUUGACCAUGUAAGAUAAUAUGCAAGAUGAAAAACAAAAUAACAAAGAGCGAACAAAAAUAAGGACGGUCAACAAGGAAAAGAAAAAAAAAUUAGGGACUUCGAGCAACAUCUGAAUUCUGGAGAGUGAGAGAAUGUCAGGGUAAUAAAAGAGACUAAAAUGACCAAAAUCACAAAAGAAAUAUGAGCACCGAACUAAAGUUAAAAUAUAUAGAGUGAAAAUUAACAGAAAAAACAAAAGGGAACGACCUGUGCGUCUCGCAGAAGGGUUCUGAUGUGCGCUCGAAAAUGUGCCGACAAGAAAAGGCUUUGUCCUGCCGCCGCGAAGUUGAUGUACGAGUCCAGCCGCUCGCCCGUCCGGUAGCAGCGGGAGUGGAUGCCGCAGAGCCUGCGGUUCUCGUUCACGAAAUCCCAGAAGCACUCAACCUUGGUCCCUGUCCGGGACACAGGUUGGUCUGUAAACCUCCUGUUAUUGUAUAGCUUUGGGGUCCGGAGACACCAACGACUCAAAUAUUAGAGUAGAUUCGUAUUUGCGUCGUAAUUUAUUCGGUUCUCUAUAAAGGACCCGUUAUUAUAAUUAAUUUUUACUCGACGCUCUCUUGAUGAUAGGCAACUUGCUGAGCAUAAGUGUCGUGCGGGUUAGCAUAAUUCAUCGAAAUACGUGUGAAACAAAACAAAAAACACCAUUCUAAAAUAUUUAAGCUACAUAAUGAAAAACCUAUUUAUAAUCAUUAUAAAAGCGAGGAAAAGAGACGGAAAUCGUUAUCAGUUAUACCAAGAAUUUAUUCCUGGGCAGCAGCAGGAUUUUUUAACUCGAGUAACAUAUUGAUUCGCAAAAGAGCAACUUUCUUGUCUGGCAGUUCCUACACUACUCAAUUAAAGAGUAAAAGGAAAAUAUGUGGGCGUGGUUUUGGCCCCACUUAUUGAUUUUAAUUUUGCGUGUGUUUCUCCAUCUUGAUAGGAAUCGAUCAAUGCCAAAUCGCAGCACCAAUUGAAAACCGAUCAGAGCCAAUAUAGAAUUAGCCCCGCAAAAAAGGGCUCAUUUCUUCUCGAAGCAGCGCUCGGUGCGUUGCACUUUUCUUCUCCUGGUUAAUUACGCGCGCGAGUGAUUAUGUAAGUUAAUGGUGCGCGCAAUUGCAAUUCCUGACAUCUCCCCCUCUCAAAUUUGAGUAAAUGAAAAAAAUUAUUUGUACUCAAUUGAUUCAACGCCACAGGCGUGAAAAUAUAAAGCUAUUAUGGGGUCCAGAGAAAUCAACGACUUAAAUACUGAAGUAGAUUCGUAUUUUUGGCGUAAUCUUUGAUUCUCCAAACGACCCAUUAUCAAUAUUAUUUUAAUGCCUUCAGGACUUUCCUAAUAAAAUUUCUGCCGAUUCUGUGGCAGAGGAAAAACAGAGGCGCGUGGAAAAUCUAUUUUUGCUGGAAGGAGAUUCGAAUGUGCGGAAUGAGGAGUUUUUCUUCUUCCUGUCACUUAAUUCCCCUUUGUCAGGGUUAAGCCCUGACGGUGCUUUGCCACUGGGGAUUACAAUAAUAAACAACAGGCGUCAUAGUAAAUGGCCGUAGCCCUCGUUAUUAUUAAGUCUAAACAUUUCACAAUACCUUGCGAUAGGUCACUCUGAAUAGACGGCCGUCCACCUGGCUUGGUCCGUCGGAGACGAGUGAUUCCGGAACCACUCGCUCCAUGCUAAAUGCUCAUUUAAUUAUUACGCGUGCGCGCCCGGUGCGUGGGAGUGAUUACCAUUUAACUUAUUGGGGCGCACACUUAAUUAUAAAUCCUGACAUCUCCCCCUCUCGAAUUUAAGUUAAUGAAAAAAAUUAAAAAUUGACGUUUGGGACUUUUGAUGGACAUCAAGAAAAUGUGAAAGAGUUUGGCUGCUCGGUACGAUCUCCGAAAUAUUAUAAAAGUUAAGCCUCUUGCUGAAUGGCCGUGAAUUUAAUUUAGCAUAGAAAGAGUUGUUAAAUUUAAAACCUAAACCGGAUAUUGCUGAAAUUCCCUCGGGGUUAUUAAAGUGCGAAUAAACAUCGUUUCUAAUUAAAAGAGGAGAAUGUAAAAGUUAAGAAUUGGGGUGAGAUGUUCACCCCCUCCCCCCGGCUAAAUUGGGGUGAAGUUAAAAAUUGAGUGUCAAUGUCAACCGCGCGCUUAAUGUAGUCCUCAAUACGUUGAAGUAAGUCGGUGAUGGCCUCCCUCAGGGUCCGGUACAACGGAGUGGCCAUCACCAUGUUGGCUGGGACGCUGAUGGCGAUGAUGAAAGCGUUCGCACAGCGACGGGUCAACUGGUCAAUGACCGUGAGGUGGGCCGUCUGUGUCUCGAAGAAAGCCUGGGCCACUGCAAUCGGUGGCGUCGUGAGACACAGAAGGUCGCUGUCGGCAGUGCCGCCGACCUCUUGGAGGGUCGCCCACAAACCGCGACCUAAGGUGGGCUCACGGAGGUUCACGUCGGCGUCCAAAAAUUCCGACACGAAGCGUAUGUAUCGCCGUCCGCAGGCAGCGAGAUCAUGUUCCUGGACCAGUGCAUGUGGAGGCGGCGAGGCGUUUGGGACAAUGCCAUGACCUAAAGGGCUAAAAAAAGUUAAAAACAGGCGCGACCCGAAAAUGUAGAAUUGGCGGGGCCACAGAACCGAACGGCUCGAGGUGGUGGUGGGUGAGCUCAUUCACCCGGCGCGGGCCAAAAAAAUGAACGGCCGUGGGAGGGCCGCGGGCCCAGGCCAGAAGGGCCACGGCGCCCCGCAAGAGUGCUUGAUGAGUAUAGAAAUUGGAGAACUGCGCCCCGCGAAAAACCGGAGCGAGGGUGAGAGGGUGAAUGUUUUGUGCUCAGGGAGGAAUAAAUGGCGUCAAGGAGGAAAACGCUGCGUGUUGGCGACCCCGCCGGAGGAGAAGGUUGGAACCGACUGCGGGAUGCUGGCAGGAGAGCGGUCCUUGAACAUUGCUUGAUAUGUUUGUUUAUUACAGGAAAAUGAUCAAACAGUUGCCCAAUCCUAGUGGUGCCAUCCGAGUUGAAAAUGGGUUUCAGGAGGUGGAUCUCCGGGGGUAGUGGGGCCGAAAUUCCCUUGAUCAUGUGACGGAAAUAAAUUCAGGGCCGAGGGUCUGGGGUCCAUUCCGGAAGGCCGCAAUUAUAUUUUGAGGUCCCCCGAGACACAGGAAAAAGUCCUUCCUCUCGGGUCGCGAAUGUGGCCGUGCGCGCCAGUUCAGCUUGUACCUGCAGGGCAUCUCAGUCAGAUCUAUAUUAAAAAGAGAACAAAAAUUUAUAAAAAUUGUAAAAGACAGGCAAAAAAAAAAAAAAAAACACGUUUGCACUGAUUUCUUCAGUCGCUCCAGCGCUGACUGGCUGCCAUUUGAUGAAGAAAAGUUUUUGGCUGAACUCGAAAUUGCCGCAUUUUUCUCUGAACUUGUAAAUAUUAAAAAUGCCCAAAAAAGUGACGAAAAGAUUGUAAAUAUUAGUUUAGCACUGGAAAGAAAUGACACAAGCCGCUAAUUUAAACAAUUUAUAUUGCAAGAUGGGCUCUUCUGCAAAAGAGGCACGAGUCCGCGCAGCUGCCUGUUUCUAUCUCUUAUUCCCGACUCCCUGAAGCUUAUGCAAAUGUUCCACGAGGACGUGCUCUGCGGAGCAAAGUAAAACAUAAAAAUUAGAUUAUUCUGGUUUCAUAUGAUUCAAGAUAUUAAACGAUUCGUUCACUCAUGCCCGAUCGCGGGGUGAGAAAGAGACAAUAUAGGCAACCUGGGGAGCAUGAAAGGCGUACAGGCUUGUGUAUUAAAUCAUUUUCUGCUGAUUAUUGUUACAUUUGCACAAAAUCUGUCGGAAAUUGUAUAAAAUCGAGAGAUUUCAAAAGAUUUGAAAGACUUUGUUGUCAGCGUUGUUUGACAAAUCGAGAAAAAUAUAGAAGUUGCAUGUGGAUUGCAAAAGCAGUUUGUCAUGAAUGGAGGAAACUGCCGCGAUCUUGCAAGUUAAAAUAUGUUGCUUACUUUAUUACGUAAGGUGUGAGAGUAUUUGAGUGAUUUGCGCCGAAUUCUCAGGCGAAAUGAAGAAUUACUGGCUGUUCGCAAAUUACUCGUAACAACAGGAGUUAAGGUUUGAAUGGCCAUAGCCCUCGGUAUCAUUAAUGCUGCAUUUGUAGUCCUACUCGUUGCUUUAGCACUCAACAUCGAUCCCUGUCCGGGACAAAGGUUGG